AUGUCCAAAGCAGUUCAUCAACUAGAAUUUGACAGUAGAAUACUUGGUUUGACCGGAUCUGCAAGUGCAAUUAGGCAAAUGGCACAAGAGUAUCGUGUUUAUUUUAAGAAGGUCCAAGAAGAUGGAGACGAUUAUCUCGUUGGAACUUGUCACAACAUGUACCUGUUGAAUCCGAAGAUGGAGGUUGUGAGAUGCUUUGGAGUUGAGUAUAAUCCAGAUGACCUCUCACAAGAGGUUCUUAAAGAAGUUGCUUCCGUUUCACAGUGGCACAUUUUGAGAAAACCUUAA